UAUGUGUGUAACCAUAUAUAUAUAUAUAUAUAUAUAGUUCAACACCUUCGCACUGAUUAAUUAAAUUCAAUCAUGUCGGGGUCGUCCCAUUACAAGCCUGCAGAUGCUGCUGAUAGACAAAAAUAUAUUAGCAAGGACGCGAAUGGCGUCAUCACCAUCAAGCCACGAGGAUUGAAUGUAAUAUGGGGCGCCGACGAACGAUAUUGGAAAAUUGAUACAAAGAAUGACGAUAGUGCUGCUGAGUUGGUGCAAGUGUGUUGGUUAGAAGUAACUGGAGAGAUUCAGGUGAAAGAUUAUCUUGAAGCAAAGAAGGAAUACAAACUGAUCUUCAACGUGGAGCUGAAACCGGAUGCGUUUGGAUGGAAGGAAAGCCCUGUGCAUUUCAUGGUAAAGCCAGGUACAAGAGGCCGUAUGUGGAAGAGGUGUUAUCUGGGUUCAUCACCAAAAAAUACAAAUAAGAUGGAUCCCUUUCAAGCUUCAAGGGAUGACAAAGAUCCAGGUCUCAAGUUCAAAGUUGCAGAAGAUGCUAAAACCGUUUACUUUGGUAUGUUUGAGAUAUGGAAUGGAACAUGGAAAGGAGGUUUGAAAAUCAUUAAUGUUGAGGUUAAACCCGUGUGAAUCCCAACAAAGAUAUAUACAUGAAGGAAGAAGAAGAAGACAAGAUCCAUGAUUAAUAUAAUUGAUGAUGCUUGCUAGCUCAUCAAGUUGCAGAUCUUUCUUAUAUAUUCUAUAUAUAUAUAUAUAUAUAUUUGACUUGUGCUUGUGUACGUGUAGCGUAUUAGAGUUCCUGAAAUAACAGAGGAUUCCUCUCCAUGCAUACAGUAUACUAUAUAUCUGUGUGUAUCUCUAAUUAAUACAUAUUUAUCUUUAUAUGUAUUUUUCAUCUUCAA